UAGGAACAGAAGUGCUCAAAAAUAUAAAUUAAAUAACAAAAAACUUACUUAUGUCCCUUUAAUAUAAGUAUAAUAAUUAUAAAUGAGAAUCAUGAAAAUCCUAUUUAAGAACAGAAGAAUACUGUUUUUAUCAUUCAACAAAAAUAACUAUAGUACGGCGCCGAAAUACUUAGCUACAUUGCGUAUAGGCGAAAAAGAAUAUCGUACAGAUGAAUACACUAACAUAACACCUAAGAUAUUGUCUUAUUUAAAUCGUAAUUUGCAUUUAAAAAAAGAUAACCCUCUGUCUUUAGUGCGUCAACGAAUUGUAAAUUACUUUUAUUCGUCCUUUACACACGGAGGAAAUCCCAUAUUUAGCGUGUAUGAUAACGUAUCCCCUGUUGUAUCCACAAAGCAAAACUUCGAUGAUUUAUUAAUACCAGAAGACCAUCCGAGUCGAGCCAAGUCUGACUGUUAUUAUAUAAACAGUACAACACUCUUACGUGCUCAUAUGACUGCUCAUCAGAGUGAGUUAUUGAGAGCCGGACUUGAUAAUUUCUUAAUGAUUGGAGAUGUAUAUAGACGAGAUGAAAUAGACUCUACACAUUUUCCUGUGUUUCAUCAAAUAGAUGCUGUGAGAUCUCAGAGAAAAGAACAGCUUUUUGAGAAUCAUCCAGAUCUAGACAUUUUUGAACCAUCCUUUGACCGAACAAAUCCACAUGCUUAUACAAACUCAAUAUCAAACCCUAUUAAACAGAGCUGCCACACUUUAGAAGCAACAAAGCUAAUGGAAGCUCAGUUGAAAAACCAUUUAAUUGGUAUGGUUCGCGUUUUGUUUGGUGAAGACAUUAAAUAUAGAUGGGUUGAUGCCUACUUUCCAUUCACCCAUCCGUCAUGGGAGCUGGAAAUUUAUUACGAAAAAAACUGGAUGGAAACUCUAGGCUGCGGUAUUGUUAGGAAUGAAAUUCUCGCAAAUGCAGGUCCAAAUAACACCAUAGCCUAUGCAUUUGGGAUAGGGUUAGAGAGACUUGCAAUGGCUUUAUAUAAAAUACCAGAUAUAAGAUUGGUGUGGAGUACAGAUUCAGGAUUUUUGGCACAAUUUCAAAAUAAGAAUGCCAAUGCAAAUAUUGUUUAUAAGCCAGUAUCCAUCUAUCCACAAUGUACAAAUGACUUAUCUUUCUGGCUACCACCAACAACUACUAUAGAUACAUUUACAAAUAAUGAUUUUUAUGAUCUAGUCAGGGAUAUAGGUGGAGAUAUUAUUGAACAGGUGAAGUUAAAGGAUAAAUUUAUUCAUCCAAAGACAAAGAAACAUAGCCUUUGUUACAGCAUAGUGUACAGGCAUUUAGAGCGGACACUUACACAGGCAGAAGUUAACAAAAUUCACAAAGAAAUCGAAGAUGCAGCCACCAAAGCAUUUAAUAUUGUUGUUAGAUAAAUUUGUUAAUAAAUAAUAGUUAAUAUAAACAACAAA